CCCCUUCCGCCGCCCUCGCGCACCGCUUCCUGCCGGGGAUGGGGUGGCUGCGGGGGCCGCCGCCGCCGCCGGAGGGAGGCAGGGCGGACAGGAGCCGCUGCCGCCCCGGCGCUGGGUGCUGCGGCACGGCCGCUCGGCGCUGCUGAGGUCAGUUUUAUUGGCGGAGAGAGGACGAUGGCAGGCAAUAACCAGCUUUGCAUUCGACGUUGGACUACCAAGAAUGUGGCCAAGUGGCUGAAGGAAGAAGGCUUCUGUGAAUACGUGGAUAUUUUGUGCAAUAGACACAGACUAGAUGGAAUUACGUUGCUGACACUCACGGAGUAUGAUUUACGAUCUCCUCCAUUGGAAAUCAAAAUCCUGGGGGAUAUCAAAAGGCUGAUGCUGUCCAUACGGAAGCUACAGAAACAACAUAUUGAUGUCCUAGAAGAGCUGGGAUACAACAGUGAUAGUCACAUUGGCGCUGUGUGCGCUGCUGUUGGCUCGCUGCAGGGUGCAGAUUGGUUUUGCAAUGGUGAAGUUCCUCGGGACUAUGAUGGACCGGUUACUGACUUGAAUGGUGAUCAAUAUCAAUAUGCAAAUGGAAAAAACAAACAUUCGACAAGAAGACUGGACCCAGAGUACUGGAAGACAGUUUUAAGUUGUGUUUAUGUUUUCAUAGUGUUUGGCUUUACGUCAUUUGUUAUGGUUAUAGUACAUGAGCGAGUACCUGACAUGCAGACAUAUCCACCUCUACCAGACAUAUUUCUAGAUAGUGUCCCAAGGAUACCAUGGGCGUUUGCUAUGACUGAAGUAUGUGGUGUAAUUCUUUGCUACAUUUGGCUGUUGGUUCUUCUGCUUCACAAACACAGGUCUAUACUUCUGCGAAGGCUUUGCAGCCUUAUGGGGACAGUAUUCUUACUACGUUGUGUUACAAUGUUUGUUACCUCACUCUCUGUGCCAGGCCAGCACUUGCAGUGUACUGGAAAGUUGUAUGGCAAUGUUUGGGCAAAACUCCAGCGGGCAUUUGCAAUAUGGAGUGGCUUUGGAAUGACUCUUACUGGAGUACAUACAUGUGGAGAUUAUAUGUUCAGUGGCCACACUGUUGUCCUGACCAUGCUUAACUUCUUUGUCACCGAAUAUACGCCAAGGAGCUGGAACUUCUUGCACACCUUGUCUUGGGUCCUCAACCUCUUUGGAAUCUUCUUCAUUUUGGCUGCACAUGAACAUUAUUCUAUAGAUGUCUUCAUUGCCUUUUACAUCACUACAAGACUCUUUUUGUAUUACCACACAUUGGCUAAUACUAGAGCAUAUCAACAGAGUAGAAGAGCAAGGAUCUGGUUUCCAAUGUUUUCUUUUUUUGAGUGCAACGUUAAUGGUACUGUUCCCAAUGAGUACUGCUGGCCAUUUUCAAAACCUACAAUAAUGAAAAGACUGAUUGGCUGAAGAGUGCAAGGGUCAAUUCAGAUUUUUAUAAAGUGUUAUGACUAAGACCCUACAAGACUAACUGGAGGGGUUAUAAAGCAAUGUUUUUUUCAUUCCGUGGCCAACGCCUCCUUGUCUUGUUUCUUAGAUUCUUAGCCAUAGAAUGGGAUUGCCACAAUUCACAGGAAUGUGUUUUGUUGUUGCUUUAAGAAAAAACAAUGCAGGGUCUGGUAGAGAGGCAGUCAGCAAAUCAUGAAUAUGAACCAGAAUACUGUUACCCUUAGUAAGGUUCUGUGUGAAUGUUUAAGUAACUUUAACCUCAAAUGUGUGCUUGUGCUGAAUAUGAUAAACCCUUUACAGACUCGGCUAAUCUCCAUUCUCUGACAUGCCAUCCUUCCUGUAUACUGACUAAAAAUUUAGAACUUUAUGACGACUUUCUUUUAAAACAGUCAUAAAUUUAAUUAUUAAAACAAACUGUGUAUGCUUAAAGAUUGAGGAGUACUGUGUCAUAAUGAGGAAAGCAAUAUAGUUCAUGCUUAAAAGGGUCUCUUAACUGUUGUUAUUUAAUAACACGUCGUAAGGUGUAACUGACAAUAUAAAUGGUCUCGUACAGAUUGCCAAAAAUGAAAGUCUACCUUGUGGCUAUGCAGUGAUGAUGUCUGGUUUUGUUUUGUUUUUUUAAUGAGAGCUUACUUAGUCUAGUCAUCGGUCAUCUGUAUGGUUGUUCUAGCACAGGGAAAUCUUCCCUUUUGUUUUAAAUAAAUGAGUUAAAGUGAAUGCUACAGCCAUUGAAAGCAAAGUUAAUUUAGCUUUAGCACAUUUAAAGCCACGCAUAACUUUUCUGUGUGGUUUUAAUUGCUUUUUAUACUCAGACCAGUGCAUGCUUUUUAGGAGCAGCUCUUUAACAUUGGAAGAACAGAAUAGUUUCACAUAUCUUAUUGUCCCAUAAAUGGAUGGGGAAAAUGCAUGUAGUAACUGUUUCAAGAGGAGUAAUAAUAGUGAGUUUAGGAAGUAGUGCUCAUAUUGAUGUGCAUUGUAGCAUUCUGGUGUCAACAACAUGAUGAAUAUCUCUGAAUAUACAAACACCAUACAUUUUUUAUAUAUACAUAUAUGUAAAGACAUACACUUAUAUGUUCUCCUAACAAAUAUGAAAGAGACUAGUUGUUAAUUAAGUUGCUCAUUUGCUACUCUGAAAGAUAGAAGUACCAUAAGCAGUUGACUUUGGGUUGUUAAAAAUAGCAAAAAUAGCACACUCCAUAAUGCGAAAGCAAGGAUUACAUAGUGAUCUCUUACACAGUGGUUUUUGAGUGGACAACUCUUAACACUGACUGUAGAAGCUUGAAACACAUUUAUUCUCAAUGAAAACUGAUAGGUAGAAGGUGCAAGCCAUAAAAAUGAUGGAGCCAUUUUAAUCUGUUGUUGCAAUUUCAGAAUAGGUGGCAUGUCAUGGCUUAAGUCAGACUUGGAAAGUAGCAUGAAUUAGUUCUGGCUUAGUUCAAGCUGUCUUGAUGACCAUUAUGUCUGCAUAGAGAAGAAUCCUUUUGAAAUUUUGCACUUCUCUGCAGUGCAUUUCUUUCACAAACCUGGAUUACACCAUCUUGACCAUCAUGCACUCUUUGUGAUGUAUUACUUUUGUAAAUUAAUUUAGUUCCUAUUUCACAGAGAAAUUGUGCAUCUUGAAGUAUCUCUGCCACCUGUAGUGAGUACACAUACAUCAUACUAUUUUGCAGACUUUAUAUUUGUAACAUUCAGAUUUUUAGUAAGAUUUCAAGAAUUCUGUGUUGUUCGGUUUGCCGUAGCCUAGUGGCUCUUGCCAUCCAGAUUGGUGAAAGAUGCUUACACUUCAGGGGAAAAAAAAACAAAACUCUGAAAGACUAUUCACUUGCUGUCCUUAUCUUUCUGAUUUCAGAAAGGCAGUUUGAACAUUCCUCUUGAGACUUUAUAAUCAAAGAGCUCUGUUUGCUAACUUAAAUUUAUCUUUGCAAUACACGUGCAGUUAUGAAUGCUGUUUUUUAAACUCUAGGAAAGGAUCUGUUCUCAGGAUGUGCAGGGUUGUAUUCUGAAUUCUGACGUGUGAUGGUGUAUGCUAUUAAACUUGCAAAGCCAUUGAUUCUGACAAGAAACAUGUGCUAGCUGGCACAGCUGUGUCUAGACUGAAAAAAAUAUUUUGCAAUUUAGGCAUACAGGAGAAUUUUCAAGUGCAGCCCCGUGUAACCAUGUUUACAUAAAGUAGAGCUAUCAUUUCAACGUUUUUUAAAAUGAAGUUUGGAUUCUUUGAAACGUAAGGCUUCUCUUUUUGUUCUAAUUUAAUUUUUCAAAUUCUUUUAAGUAAAUUUAUGUUUUAAAUCAACGUUGCCUAUCAGUGUUCCUUAAAGGAAGUUGGUUCUUAUGUUCAAGCUGUUUUGCUUGCUGCUAAUUAUCUGAGAUAAAUAAUAAAUAGAGUGUAGUUUGGUGAGAACUGAAGCACAGUAAAACACUGCCAGGGUAACUGUGCUCUUCUGUCUUGGAAGUUAAUUUUGUCUAUCUGUAAACACAGAAGAGGAAAGCUUGAAAUUGAUAGAAGACAGAAAUUCUGAUUUAAUGUACUAAAAGAUCACAGUCAGUCUGAAGAGCUGGUGAUGAAAGAUUUAUUGUUAAUGAGGUGGAAACAAGUUGCAAAUGACGGACAGGCUUAAAAUUCUGUACCUCUUUUCUGCAGUCAGUGUGUUAGAAGCAUUUUGCUGCUACUCUGCUGCUGACAAGCCUUUUUGAGGAAAUGCAGUAGAGCAUCAUUGAGACUUGGAUUUAAUGCUACGUAUGUUGAGGGCUGUCUGUCCUCCCUUGCAUUGGUGCACCAGUCUCUGCUCUCUUUCAGCUUGCUGCAUCCCUUAUGUGCCAAGUCAUCUUCUGUUGUCUGUGAGUGUACCCCCUCGCUGCUUUUUUCUAGCAACUUUGGAAAUCUAGUAAUACUUGGAAUUUGAAAAUAGUCUUAAGAUCUUCCUUGUUACCACUUUGGUGUUGUAUGUGUAGGGUAUGUCUGAAAAUAAGUAUAUGUGUGCACAGACCUGAAGGUGAUAGGCACGGCCACUCACGUAACUCAUCUUCCAUGUACCUCAUGAUAUAGCUUCUUAGAUUGGCCUUCUGGACUUCAGCUGUUCUUGAAUAAUGAUAUUAAAAACUUCCAUAUGUGUUAAUUAUUUUUACGUCCUUUAGCAAACAAGAUAACACUAAUGCAGAGCUUUGGUAUGGAAAUGUAGGUAGGCCUGAAGUUUUCAAAUGCUCAAGACUAACAAGAAUUGGAUCCUGUAAGUAUACUGCUCGUGGUGAAGCAAAUGAUAAGAUUAAAUGUGUAAGCAAGUCAUAAAAUAUUCUGAUUUUAGUGAGGGUUAUCAUUUUAGUUUAAGCAUUUCCUUGGAUUAGGCCAAGUGCAUCCUGUGUAUGAUAGAGUAAUGGGAGUAGGUAAUGUCACUUUCUUUUUUGUUUUUGCUCUUUUCCCCCUUAUCUGCUAUCAAAGAAAACAUUCCAGUAGAAUUUCCAAUAAAUUUGUAUCUAAUUGUCUUGAGAGAACAACAUUUAAAAAAAAUUAAAAAAAAAAUUUCAGAACAUAAAAACAUGUUAUGAAGAAAUACUUGAAAUCCUCCAACAAGCGCUGAAGUGCAGGUUCCUAUCAUCUCAUUUUCUGUAUGAGGACACUUCAUGUAGUUUCUCAUGUAGUAGCAAAGAAAAUAUUUAAAGAAAAGAUGGAAGGGCAGAACUCAGACAUCAAAAGAAGUAUUUUCAACAGUCACUAUCUCCUUGGUGGUGUUUUUUUGUUUGUUUGUUUUUGUUUUUUUAGCAACACUUGCACAUUUAGGUGCUCCACUUGUCCAUUACCAUUUAGCUAGGUUUUUUUUGGUUUACUAAAGUCCACAGAGGUUUUCAAGCAUCAAAACUAUUGUGGAGCUGAAAUGUAAUUACUAAGCAUCCAAUUGAAGAAAUAGAAGGAAAAAAAAAAUAUUAGUUUUUUUGGAUGAGAAGCAAAAAAGUAGUAGUCUAUAAUAAGUGUCAAAUAGUAUUUCAUCUGUCCAGUCCAUGUAGUUUAUCCUGUAAAGUUGGUGAGUUUGUUGGAAUUUGCAGGUAGUAUUACUUCUGUGGCUUUUUAUUUUACUUUUUUAAUAAUCUAGGAUUCUUUAUAAAAACUUGACCUGUAACUAUAGAAAACAGCAGAAUCUUUAAGUAGGAAGUCAAUUCAGCAGAACUCCUAGCAGUGAGCCAGCUUGUCCUCUGAAUUAUUUUGUGCAUAUAGGCUAUGAAACAAGGAUUGCUAGACCAGUGAUGAUUAAUAGACUUCACUCUUUCUGAUGCAUCUUUGAUGUUGCCACUUUUUAAAUUGAAACUGUGUUUCUUGGGGGGGAGGGUGAGAGGGGUGGAAAAAAGGCCUUUGAAGUGAUUGUGCAGAUGUCUUGCUUGUUGUAUUGAGAAAAGCAUCCAAAAAAACCCUCACAGCCCUUUGAGCACUAUGCUGUUGUGAACUCUGAACUUUGCUCAUAGCAGUUUCCUGAAUACUUACUGUUUGUAUCUUGAGAAAGGUGCAGUGAGCAUUAUGUACAUAAUUCAGUAACGUGCAUGUUUUUAAAGCCAGUUUGUAAUAGGUGUAAGAACUUCAGAUGAUGAAUGUGGAGGACCUGACAUGUUAGCCCAGUGAUUAUGUAGUUGAAGAUGUGUAAAUUGGUAUUGCUGUCUCUUUGAAUCUGGUUUUGUCAAAUAUGAAAAACUUGUCACAUGUGAGUAAGCACAAACUGCAUCGUAUAUGUUCCAUAACAUAAUAGGGAUAUAGGAAAAUGAGUUUUCACACUGAGCAGUUACUUCAAUUUGUCUGACGAAGAAAAUAGUGUUAUGUAAUGGCUAGAAGGUAUGCCAGUGAAGUUUGAAGCAAGUACUGUAAAUAAGUAAAUAUUGUUUGAUUAUAAACUCAGAUUGAAUUAAUAUAUUGUUUUAUAUCUUUGUUGUAUUAAAACAUAUUUAAAAGUACUAAAAUAAAAUAUUUGAAAG